AUGGACCAACUCAAAAAGCUUACCCGCCGCGUAAAAGCAGCCGUCAACGACAGCCCCCCCUCCUCCCCCGAAGAACCCCCUCGAUCCUUCUUCAACACAACUCCUCCCCCCCUCCUCCGCCGCGUCUCCAACCGCCUCGCAACAGGCCUCAAAGACCUAACAGACCGUGGCCCCUCUCCCUCCCCUUCCUUCCGCCCUCCCCAAAACGAGUCCUCCAGCAGCCUAGUCCCCAUCAUCCGAAGCCUAUCUCGCCGCGGCGCCGGCGCCGGCGGCAGAAACAAACCGAUCCCCCACCUACCGUACCGCAUCCCGGACCCGGAUCCCAUGGCACCCUUUGGCGGCGGACGCAGCACGAACCCGGGCGCCGUGAAGCAUAUCCGCGAUAAGUUUGUCCGUUGGACGGCGCGUCCGGACGGGGAGUACGACGCCCGCUGGAAGGGCGCCUGUAUCCCGACGGGCGAGCACGUGUCGAAUAUGCUGGAAUGGUAUAGCCAUUGCGACGUCUACGAGUUUCCCUUCAUCGGCACCGUCACUCGGAUGAGCUGCGGCGCCACAAACGCAUUCUACUUUGUCGAAUUCCAGCCCAAUUCCAGGCCCGUCGGCCAGGGUAAGUCGUCACCUCUCCCGCGACAGGUGAUUCUCAAACUAAGCCUGCCCGUCUGUCCCCAUGAAAAGCUCGAAGCCGAGGUUGCGGCAAUGGUGUUUGCCAGGCAAGUAUCCCCGGCCGUGGUCCCUCAGAUCCUCGUCUUUGAUUCCAUCGGUAGGAACCCACUCGGGCUGGAGUGGAUGAUUAUGGAAGUUCGCACCGGGUUCCCUUUGCUCAGUGCAUUCGAGGAGAACUACAUCCUCGCGGCGCACGACCUCAACAUGGCUAAGCAGGAUACCGGUUUGGAAGGGUUCGGGGACAUAUCGCCCGAGACCAUGCCGUCCCUGAGCGACGAGGACACCAAGUCCAUUGCGAAGGAAGUACAGCUAUUUCUUUCUGAGCUGCAGAACUCUCUGCCGACCGUUCCAAAAAAUCAGGUGCGUAUUGGGAGUCUUCGUAUCGACUGGUCAAAGAAAGAGUUCUUCACCGGUCCGAUAGUCCACCCUCACUUCUACAGCUCUGACAGAUAUUGGCAAGUGCGGAACAACGGGCCUUUCAGAUACAUUGAAGAUUACAUCGACGCCUACACUUCGUGCGUAUACGAAAGUUGCGAGAAAUUGCCCGUGCAAUGGCAAGCCGUGUGA